AUGCCUGUUAUAAUCGUAAAUAAAGAAACAAAUUUAUGGAAAGAAAUUUGUUCAGAAUAUGCUACAAAACGAGCACAAUCUGAAUCAAAUUCAUAUAUGAAUUCUGAAAAAAAAUCUUCAAAUAAUACUGAUAUUAAUAAAAAACAUUUAAAUGAUAAACAAGUUUAUGAUCCAUCUAAACAUACACCAGUUUUUUGUAAUUAUUCAUUUAUUCAUGCUCCAAUUGAUGAUAUAACACAGAUACAAAUUGAUACACGUAUAACUCAUCCUGCUUGUAUUAAUUAUGCUUUAACACCAAUACAAGAUUUUGAAAGAGAAUUAGCUUUAAAAACUGCUAAUCAACGUCCAAAAACACCGAUGAAAAAAAGUCCAAAAGAUAUUCCAACAAUUGAAUAUUUAGAAAAAUAUGUUUAUCCAAUAUUAUUAAAAGGUAUUGAACAAUUAUUAGUUGAAGCUGAUAAACGAAAAUGUUUAGAACGAAAACGUAGUGCAUUUAAUGCACUUGAUUAUUUAACAAGUUAUUUAUAUUAUAAUAAUCCAAUUCGAAUUGAUUCUAAUGAACAAAAUAAUCAAAAUUUAGCUCUUAAUAAUCAAUUUUUUGAAAAUAUUCCAUUUGUUCACGAACAUUUCAAAAAACAUCCACGUGCACCAUUACCUAAAUCACUUUUAUGGAGUGAAGAUGAAGCUGCUUUAAUAAUUCAAUCAUUCUAUCGUGGUUAUCGUAUUCGUAAACAACCUGAAGUACAAGAAUUACGUCAAUGGCAACGUGAAUGGCGUGAAUCAAAUCGAAAUAUUCAUGAUGUUGUUGAUAACUUUUGGCGACAACGUACACCGCUAGCACCUGUCUAA